GGUCAGAUCCAAGCGGGGAUCCGUCCCUGUCGCUAAAGGCAAUGACACUAAAUCAAACAGAGAACUCAGGUUAUUCAGAGAUGCUUAACCAGCGUUGAUAUAUGCGGAUUUAAAAAACGAAACCAAAAUGUUGCAUUUAAGGUUAUUUGAUAGCUCACUCUAUUACACAUUGGCUUCAGCAUCGGCAACAGCGGAACGGGUUGUGCUACAGAAUGAGUCCUCGUCUUCUAGUGGCACUCAGCUGAGGUUAACAGCCGUGACCGAUUUGUUGCCACCGCCCACAAUUGCUGCCGCCGCCAGCAUUAAUCUGACAUAUUUCACACCUGCAAUAUCACACGUGAUGCUGGCGCCAACAACAACAACAACAACAGCAGCAACAACAACAAAUGCAACCGCAAAUGCCAUUGUCCAGACAACUGUGGCGCCACUUGACAGCGACUUGGAUACGGGCAAUAAUUCCCUAUCAACUCAUGGCGGCGAUGUGGACAAUUUGAACUCGUUUUACUUCUAUGAGACAGAACAAUUUGCCGUACUCUGGAUACUGUUCACCAUUAUCGUGUUGGGCAAUUCGGCUGUGUUGUUUGUGAUGUUCAUCAACAAGAAUCGCAAAUCGCGUAUGAACUACUUCAUCAAGCAAUUGGCUCUGGCAGAUCUAUGCGUGGGUCUGCUUAAUGUGCUUACAGACAUUAUAUGGCGCAUCACGAUUUCAUGGCGGGCGGGCAAUCUGGCCUGCAAGGUCAUACGCUUCUCACAGGUGUGCGUCACAUACUCAUCGACCUACGUGCUGGUGGCCAUGAGCAUUGACAGAUACGAUGCAAUAACGCAUCCCAUGAACUUCUCAAAGUCCUGGAAGAGAGCACGCCAUUUGGUGGCUGGGGCUUGGCUUAUAUCAGCUAUAUUUUCCUUGCCCAUUUUGGUGUUAUAUGAAGAGAAACUUAUACAAGGCCAUCCACAAUGCUGGAUAGAGUUGGGUUCACCCAUGGCCUGGCAGGUAUAUAUGAGCCUGGUGUCGGCUACUCUAUUUGCGGUGCCUGCAUUAAUUAUUUCCGCCUGCUAUGCGAUAAUAGUGAAGACAAUAUGGGCCAAAGGAUCUAUAUUUGUACCAACAGAACGUGCAGGUUUUGGUGGAGCGCCAGCCCGAAGAGCCAGUUCUCGUGGCAUAAUACCGCGAGCCAAGGUCAAAACCGUCAAAAUGACUUUAACUAUUGUGUUUGUAUUCAUCAUCUGUUGGUCGCCGUACAUCAUAUUCGAUUUGCUGCAAGUCUUCGGCCAAAUUCCACACUCGCAAACAAACAUUGCCAUCGCUACUUUCAUACAAAGCUUGGCCCCCUUGAAUUCAGCAGCAAAUCCUUUGAUCUACUGUCUAUUCUCCUCGCAAGUCUUUCGCACACUAAGUCGCUUUCCGCCCUUCAAAUGGUUUACCUGCUGCUGCAAAUCCUAUCGCAACAAUUCACAACAGAAUCGUUGUCACACAGUGGGACGCCGUUUGCACAAUAGUUGCGAUUCCAUGCGAACUUUGACCACCUCACUAACCGUGUCCCGACGCUCUACCACAAACAAUAAGACAAAUGCACGGGUUGUGAUUUGUGAGAGGCCCAAUAAGAUUAUCACAGUGCCAGCCAUGUCGGAGGUAUGAUAGCUGGCACAUACGACCCGCAAACGUUCAACGUUUGCGGUCCAUGGGCCGACUUCCUUCAGUGAUGCCGAAUAUCUGUAAGUCAUGGACAAUUCAAAGAGGCUUAGACAAUAAGUUUAAUAUUAUAUAUGGUUAGCUUAAAAGCCAAAAAAUAAGGAAACUAUAAAACUAAAAGGCAAAGCUAGAGUGUAAUCUACGAAUUUCAACAACACCUUUUCAUCCUACAAACUAGGAAGAUAAGUGAAAUAUAACAUACACCAAUUAUAAUUAUAUAUUUCAUUUACAAAUGUUUCAAAAAUUAACCCAAUUAACCUAAUGUCCAACACUCCUAUUUAUAUUUCUAUCUUAAUCAGACUGAUGUUCUACCUAUAUACCUAUAUACAAUCUAUCUAUAUAUUUAGCUGUUUAUUCAACAACAACUUGUGGCCAUUUCUACAUGACAUUUAAAUUAUUGCAUUUCUCUUAAGUCUUACCACUUACAAUUACUCUAUAAGUAAGUCAACAAUUACUUAGAUACGUACUAAAUAUAAUGUAAUUUAUGCCAUCUCAUUACAUGUAUAUAGAAAGCCAUUGCAAACUUGUCCAAGCAUAACUAACCAUAAGCCAAAAUUCUAUUAAGUGUCGAAUACAAAAACUUUGAUCAUAAGAAUUAAUAGAGCAUAACGUUUUAGUCAAUUU